ACUUGUUUGAGGGGACCUGGUGAUAUGAUACAUAAAGAAGGACUAUGCAACAGAUAGAGGCUAGGUGAGAGCGAGAGAUGCGUUCUUGGUAGAGAUGAAGCUAAAGAGGGGAGUGGAUGGCGCUGAGGGGAUGUACAGAGCUGUCCAGAAUCUCGAUCCUGAAUCUCAUCCCACGCAUGCUUUCACGACCUUCACCGAGAGCACCAAACUCCCUUUCUCUGGGAGAGAGAGUGAGUGAUUAUGGGGGCUAUCUAAGCAAGUCUGAAAUCUGUAGGGCAGGCAGUCAUGGGCAGGCUUAAAUCCACAAAGAGCUGAAGCUGUCAUCUGCCGGCAGACAGGUAGGGGGCAUCACGAGCAGGACGGAGCUCCAUAGGCUAGGCACUGACUAGAGCAGUGGUCCAUAGGUGGAACUUCUCCUCUCUGAGCCUGCAUGUUCUGUGAAUACAUGACUUGUGGGGUGUGUAUGUGUUGUAGGAGUGGGAGACAUCUCCGGACCAGAUGUUGAGAGACCUGGGUUUGGAUGGCCUCCAAUUCCUGCGGCAUAAAUGAACUAGGUGUUUGGGGAGCCUGUCCUUCAGGUGGAAGUCUGAAAAGUUGGAGUGCUAGAUGUGGGUUCCAAACACUUCCCUCCUCGGAGAAUUUGAGAAUUAGCCUGAUGCUGGAUGGCCAAGCCCACAUGGAGGCUCAGGACGCAGAGGAGGGCCCAGGACCUGGGAUCUUCAAAGCCAAGCCUAGAGAGCCACUGCAGAGGCCCGAGGCCCGGCAGCAACCCAGCUCGCGGGCGGGGUGCUGGUGCUCAGGGCAGCGCUGCUGUGCGGGUCUGGGAGCCCUGGCGCUGCUGGCUGGUGCGAGCGUCGGUUCCUGGCUUUUCGUGCUGUAUCUGUGGCCAGUGCCCUCUCAGCCCGCUCCCGGAACCUUGCAGGAUGACGAGAUACCUUUGAGCUGCUCUGAGGCCAGCGGUGAGGAAGCCCUGCUCCCUGUGCUUCCCAGAGCAGUAUCUUUCAGGAUAAACACUGAGGACUUCUUGCUAGAAGUACAGGUGAGGGCGCGGCCAGACUGGCUCCUGGUCUGCCAUGAGGGCUGGAGCGCUGUGCUGGGGGUUCAGAUCUGCCAGAGCCUUGGGCGUCUCAGACUCACUCACCACAAGGGAGUGAACCUGUCUGACAUCAAGCUCAACAGCUCCCAGGGGUUUGCUCAGCUCCCUUCCAGACUGGAAGGCCUCCUGGAGGAGGUGUGGCAGUCCAGGAACAGCUGUGCUUCCGGCCAGAUCGUUUCCCUCAGAUGCUCUGAGUGUGGAGUGAGGCCCCUGGCCUCCCGGAUAGUCGGCGGGCAGGCCGCAGCUCCUGGGCGCUGGCCCUGGCAGGCCAGUGUGGCCCUGGGAUCCCGGCACACAUGUGGGGGCUCUGUGCUGGCGCCGCACUGGGUGGUGACCGCCGCUCACUGCAUGCGCAGUUUUAGGCUAUCCCGCCUGUCCAGCUGGCGGGUCCAUGCGGGGCUGGUCAGCCACAGUGCCGUCAGGCCCCACCAGGGGGCCGUGGUGGAGAGGAUCAUCCCUCACCCUCUCUACAGCACCCAGAAUCACGACUACGACAUCGCCCUCCUGCGGCUCCGGACGCCGCUCAACUUCUCAGACACCGUGGGUCCUGUGUGCCUGCCAGCCGAGAAGCAAGAUUUUCCGAGGGGCUCUCAGUGCUGGGUGUCUGGCUGGGGUCACACCAACCCCAGCCACACCCACAGCUCAGACAUGCUCCAGGACACCGUGGUGCCCCUGCUCAGCACGCAGCUCUGCAACAGCUCUUGCGUGUAUAGUGGGGCGCUCACCCCCCGCAUGCUGUGUGCGGGCUACGUGGACGGGAGGGCUGAUGCGUGCCAGGGUGAUAGUGGGGGCCCCCUGGUGUGCCUGGAUGGGGGCACCUGGCACUUGGUAGGGGUGGUCAGCUGGGGCCAUGGCUGCGCAGAGCCCAAUCACCCCGGUGUGUACGCCAAGGUUGCUGAGUUCCUGGACUGGAUCCAUGACACCGUGAGGAAGAGGAAAACUGCCUGUUUCCCUGUGAAGCCUGUGAAGACAGAGACGUACAGGGACGAGACCCUGAGAUGGUUAGAGGCAGAGGCUGGAGAGAGGCAGCUGCAGGCCAACAACACCCCAGGUGGCUGGCUACCACCAGAAGCUGGAAGAGGCAAGUUAGGAUUCUACCCAGGGUCUCAGAGGGAGCGCAGCUCUGCUGACACCUUGAUUUUGGACUUCUAGGCUCCAGAACUGCAAGAGAAUAAAAUCUUUGUUCUUUUAAGCCACCCAGUUUGUGGUACUUGUUAGGCAGCCUAA